GUAGUUACAAAUUUGCAAAAUGGCAGCUUUGCGUCGGCUCGCGUGUUCCGCAGCAAUGCGGCCGACGUUUCUGACAUGGUGCAGGUCGUACAAGAGCGACAUAAGCCUCGACAAACUCUACCCAUCAAGCGGAGAAAACGCGACGCAGUCGCCGCCUCUCGAAGGAGGCGUGAACAUGAAAGACGUUCAGAUCUACGACCACGACCCGACGAACCCGUACCGGGUGGAGAUUCGCGUGCACUUGGACUCGACGCAGUGGAUUUCGCAGGAGGCCAAGCAAAGACUGCGACAAGAGUGCAAGCCGUUCAUCGACAGUCACGGCAACCUAGUGCUCCACUCGGACAAGACUCGCAAGAAGUCGGUCAACGUGGCCGACUGCUUGGACAUGUUGCGAUGCAUGCUGCGCGAAGUGUCGCGACCUCCGCCCGAAAACAUUCCGGAGACGAGGUUAACGUUGCGCGCCAAGCACGAAAGACUGGCGGCGGCUCGUUUGCGAAUUCCCAGGGUCCCCGCGGCGGCGUCGAACAGCGGCGUAUCUUCGUGAACUACUGUUUAAUAAAAGUUGCCUUGUAGAUAGAACA